GUCGCGCGCCUGUUGCAGCUGCUGCUGCUGAAGAGAUUGCAGGUUGCGCGCGCAGGCUCAUCUCCCCCCACACACACAGGAGGAAAACAGCUGAUGUCGGGGGACAAGAUGGGACCCGGUCGAUAAGAAAAAUAACUAAAAACACCUCCUACCUUGAAGACAGCCUCUCACCCUUAUUGCUUCUCUCUGGUUGAUCCUUCCACCUCUCUUUGCCCCGGGGAUGAAUGCACCAAUGAGGAGCCUCACAAUCCACUCUCUGUAUAGCACGGCAAGCCCCAGCAUGCUGAAGAGGAAACAGAGCUCCCGGGUCGAGACCCAGCCCAUGACCGACUUUGGGCCAGAUGAGACCCUAGCAGACAGCGCGGACAUCUUCUGGAUCAACAAACCAUGGGUGCACACCCUGCUAAGAGCCUGCGCCAUCAUCAGCGUCAUCUCGGUGUGCAUGAACACCCCCAAGACCUUCGAGCAUUAUCCACCUCUGCAGUAUGUGACGUUCACGCUGGACACGCUGCUCAUGUUCCUCUACACGGCCGAGAUGAUUGCCAAGAUGCACAUCAGAGGAAUCAUUAAGGGGGAUAACUCCUAUGUGAAAGAUCGUUGGUGCAUGUUUGACGGAUUCAUGGUGUUUUUCAUCUGGGUAUCCCUGGUGUUGCAGGUGUUUGAAAUAGCGGAGCUGGUGGAUCAGAUGUCUCCAUGGGGCAUGCUGAGAAUCCCCAGAGCGCUCAUUAUGAUCCGGGCCUUCAGGAUCUACUUUCGCUUCGAGCUUCCUCGCUCCCGCAUCACCAACAUUUUGAAGCGCUCCGGGGAGCAGAUCUGGAGUGUGUCUAUCUUUUUGCUGUUUUUUCUCCUGCUCUAUGGAAUUCUGGGUGUUCAAAUGUUUGGAACGUUCAACCAUCACUGUGUUACCAAUGACACACAGAAAGGCAAUGUGACAUGGAACAGCCUGGCCAUCCCUGACACCCACUGCUCCCCCGAUGGCGAGGGCUACCAGUGUCCCUUGGGCUUCAAGUGUGUGGACCUGGAAGAACUGGGCCUCAGCAGACAGGAGCUCGGUUACAGCGGCUUCAAUGAGCUGGGGACAAGCAUCUUUACUGUAUAUGAAGCAGCCUCGCAGGAAGGUUGGGUGUUCCUCAUGUACAGAGCCAUUGACAGUUUCCCUCGCUGGCGUUCCUACUUCUAUUUUAUAACUCUCAUUUUCUUCUUGGCGUGGCUCGUGAAGAAUGUGUUCAUUGCCGUCAUCAUCGAGACCUUUGCUGAAAUCAGAGUGCAGUUCCAGCAGAUGUGGGGGUCCAGGAGCAGCACAACGUCCACAGCUACAACGCAGAUGUUCCACGAAGACGCUGCCGGGGGAUGGCAGCUUGUAGCAGUGGACGUCAACAAACCACAUGGCCGAGCGCCCGCCUGCCUCCAGCAACUGAUGCGCUCCUCCGUCUUCCACAUGUUCAUCUUGAGCAUGGUGGCUGUUGACGUGAUCGUUGCCGCUAGCAACUAUUACAAGGGCGAGAACUACCGUAGGCACUACGACGAGUUUUACCUGGCGGAGGUGGCCUUCACUAUUCUGUUUGACCUUGAGGCUCUUCUGAAGAUAUGGUGUCUGGGCUUCACGGGCUACAUCAGCUCCUCCCUGCACAAGUUUGAACUGCUGCUGGUAGUGGGCACCACCCUGCACAUCUACCCCGACCUCUACCACUCCCAGUUCACCUACUUCCAGGUCCUUCGAGUGGUGCGCUUGAUCAAGAUCUCUCCCGCCUUGGAGGACUUUGUCUACAAGAUAUUUGGACCGGGCAAAAAGUUAGGCAGCCUGGUGGUGUUCACAGCCAGCCUCCUCAUCGUCAUGUCAGCCAUCAGCUUGCAGAUGUUCUGCUUCGUGGAAGAACUGGACCGCUUUACCACGUUCCCCAGGGCAUUCAUGUCCAUGUUCCAGAUCUUGACCCAGGAGGGCUGGAUAGAUGUCAUGGACCAGACCCUGGUAGCAGUGGGUCACAUGUGGGCUCCAGUAGUUGCCAUUUACUUCAUCCUUUACCAUCUGUUUGCUACCCUGAUUCUUCUCAGUCUUUUUGUGGCCGUCAUAUUGGAUAAUCUUGAGCUGGAUGAGGACUUGAAGAAGCUCAAACAGCUCAAGCAAAGCGAGGCAAAUGCCGACACCAAAGAGAAGCUCCCGCUUCGACUCAGGAUUUUCGAAAAGUUCCCCAACAGACCUCAGAUGGUGAAGAUCUCCAAGCUGCCGUCUGAUUUUACUGUACCCAGAAUCAGGGAGAGCUUCAUGAAACAGUUCAUCGAUCGUCAGCAGCAGGACCCCAGUUGUCUGUUCCGAAGACUCCCCUCUGCUUCGUCUUCCUCCUGUGACCACUCUAAACGCUCGGCCAUCGAAGACAACAAAUAUAUCGACCAAAAGCUCCGCAGGUCAAUAUUUAGCAUCCAGGCUCGGAAUCUGCUGGAAAAAGAAACUACCGUCAAUAAAAUACUACGGGCCUGCACGAGGCAGCGGAUGCUCAGCGGGUCCUUGGAUGGACAGCCGGCCAAGGAGCGCUCCAUCCUCAGCGUCCAGCAUCACAUACGACAAGAGCGCCGCUCUUUGCGACACGGCUCCACCAGUCAGCGGAUCAGCCGAGGGAAGUCGCUGGAGACCCUCACCCAAGAUCAUUCAAGCACUGUCCGCUACCGUAAUGCCCAGAGGGAGGACAGUGAGAUCAAGAUGAUCCAAGAAAAAAAAGAGCAAGCAGAGAUGAAGAGAAAAGUCCAAGAGGAGGAGCUGAGGGAGAACCACCCGUACUUUGACAAGCCUCUCUUCAUUGUGGGUCGGGAACACCGCUUCAGGAACUUCUGCCGGAUGAUCGUUCGAGCUCGCUUCAAUGCAUCCAAAACCGACCCUAUCACAGGAGCAGUGAAGAACACAAAGUACCACCAACUGUACGACCUCCUAGGCCUGGUCACCUAUUUGGACUGGGUGAUGAUCAUUGUGACCAUCUGCUCCUGCAUCUCCAUGAUGUUUGAGUCGCCCUUCACCAGGGUCAUGCACGUGCCCACCCUGCAGAUCGGGGAGUACGUCUUUGUCAUCUUCAUGAGCAUCGAGCUCAACUUGAAGAUCAUGGCCGACGGUUUGUUCUUCACUCCCACGGCGGUCAUCAGAGACUUUGGAGGUGUCAUGGACAUCUUCAUCUAUCUCGUGAGCCUCAUCUUUUUAUGCUGGCUUCCGCCGGAUGUCCCGCCCGAGUCCGGCGCUCAGCUGCUGAUGAUGCUGCGCUGCCUGCGACCGCUCAGGAUCUUCAAGCUGGUGCCCCAAAUGAGGAAGGUGGUGCGGGAAGUCCUCAAAGGAUUCAAGGAGAUUUUCCUGGUUUCUAUUCUCCUCCUCACGCUGAUGUUGGUUUUCGCCAGCUUCGGAGUCCAACUGUUUGCUGGAAAGCUGGCCAAGUGUAACGACCCCCAUGUCCUGAAAAGGGACGAUUGUCACGGGAUAUUCCGGAUUAACGUCAGCGUGUCCAAAAACCUCAACCUCAAACUAAAACCAGGCGAGAAGAAACCAGGAUUCUGGGUACCAAGAGUCUGGGCCAACCCUCGCAACUUUAAUUUUGACAAUGUGGGGAACGCCAUGUUGGCCCUCUUUGAAGUGCUGUCUCUAAAAGGAUGGGUGGAAGUCCGUGAUGUCAUCAUUCACCGCGUGGGACCGAUCCACGGAAUCUACAUCCAUGUCUUCGUGUUCUUGGGCUGCAUGAUUGGACUCACGCUGUUUGUGGGCGUCGUCAUUGCUAACUUCAAUGAGAACAAAGGCACUGCUUUGCUGACUGUGGACCAGAGGCGAUGGGAGGACCUCAAGAGUCGGCUCAAAAUUGCCCAACCUCUCCACCUGCCACCUCGUCCAGAAAAUGGGGGAUUCCGGGCCAAGAUGUACGACAUCACUCAGCACCCGUUCUUCAAGCGUGGCAUAGCUGUGCUGGUGUUGGCCCAGUCUGUUCUGCUCUCAGUCAAGUGGGAUGUAGACGACCAAGUAACAUUUCCCCUCGCCACCCUGUCUGUAGUCUUCACCUUUAUAUUUGUACUGGAGGUUACCAUGAAGCUCAUUGCCAUGUCACCAGCCGGUUACUGGCAGAGCAGACGGAAUCGUUACGACCUGCUGGUGACGUCGCUCGGCGUUAUCUGGAUAGUCCUGCACUUUGCUCUACUGAAUGCAUAUACUUACAUGAUGGGCACGUGUGUGAUUGUCUUCAGAUUCUUCACAAUAUGCGGCAAGCACGUGACCCUGAAGAUGCUGUUGCUGACUGUGGUCGUCAGCAUGUACAAGAGCUUCUUCAUCAUCGUGGGAAUGUUCCUCCUCCUGCUCUGUUACGCUUUCGCCGGAGUCGUUCUCUUCGGCACCGUCAAGUACGGGGAGAACAUCAACAGGCACGCCAACUUCUCCACGGCAGGCAAGGCUAUCACUGUCCUCUUCCGCAUUGUCACAGGGGAGGACUGGAAUAAAAUAAUGCACGACUGCAUGGUGCAGCCUCCAUUCUGCACGCCGGAUAAGCAUCGCUACUGGGAGACCGACUGUGGCAAUUUGGCAGGAGCGCUCAUCUACUUCUGCUCGUUCUACGUCAUCAUCGCCUACAUCAUGCUCAACCUGCUUGUUGCCAUCAUUGUGGAGAACUUCUCUCUGUUCUACUCUACCGAAGAGGACCAGCUGCUGAGCUAUAAUGACCUGAGACACUUCCAGAUCAUCUGGAACAUGGUGGAUGACAAGCGGGAGGGUGUGAUCCCUACGUCCAGGGUGAAGUUCUUGCUGCGUCUGCUCAGAGGCAGGCUGGAGGUGGACCUGGAUAAAGACAAGUUGCUGUUUAAGCACAUGUGCUACGAGAUGGAGCGACUGCACAGCGGUGGAGACGUCACCUUCCACGAUGUUCUCAGCAUGCUGUCCUAUCGCUCCGUGGACAUUCGCAAGUCCCUCCAGCUGGAGGAGCUGUUGGCCAGGGAACAGCUGGAGUACACCAUCGAGGAGGAGGUCGCCAAGCAGACUAUACGCAUGUGGCUCAAGAAGUGCCUCAAACGCAUACGCGCCAAGCAGCAGCAGUCGUGUAGCAUCAUCCACAGCUUGAGAGAGAGCCAACAGCAGGAGCUGAGUCGUUUCCUCAACCCCCCCAGCAUCGAGACCACGGUGCCAAGUGAAGACCACAACGCCAACAACCCGAACAACCCCUCUCAGCCUGAGAUGAGUGGCCUCCAGCAGCUGCUCAGCCCCACCUUGUCCGACAGAGGAGGCUACAGGCAGGACUCUUCCGACCUGGGGAAGCCGCAGAGGAAGCUGGGACAGUGGCGGCUGCCUGCAGGUCGCACCAGUGUCAAGUCCAUCGUGUGCAAAAUGAACCCCAUCAACGGCGAGGCUUCCUCGGGUUCAGAGGUCAAGAAGUGGUGGACCCGUCAGCUGACAGUGGAGAGCGACGAGAGUGGCGACGACCUCAUCGACAUUUAGAGACGAGGUGCAUCCUCCCUUUCGCCUCGCUCUGCUUUCGUCUUCUUUUCCCUUCUCUGAACAAUAAAUGAGCUCUGGAUGCUUACCUGCUGACUGCAGCUGUUCGCUUGUUUCCUCCCGACUGGAUCGAUGCCACAGAUUAUUAUUUUUAAAGCAGAGUUUUUAAACACAAAAAAGUAUUUUCGGCGGAUCGGGCAGUAUCGCGCCUGUUUGGACUGGCAGUGUCGGGUUGACGCCUCUUGGGGGAAAACGUGUUUCCUGUCCUCUCCCGGUGUCUCUUUGUAGGCACAUCUGGCCAGAGCGAGGCAUAAAGGACACGCUGGAUCGAUGAAGGGAAGCUGCUGUUGUUUGUGUGUUCAGCUGCAAGGCUGUUUUCAUGUCUCUUGUCUUGUGUUUCCUCUGGCUCUUCAUCACACACACAUUUCAAUAUGCUCACUUGAUACUAUUAUAGUUGCUAGAAAAGCAUAUACGAAAAGAUUUAUGAAUGUAUUUCAAAAGAUCAAAGUCUAUCUUCUAAUUAAAGGCCUACGGUACUCUGUUUCGGCAUUAAUAAGAAGAUGUGUCUUUUCUAUUUCUAUGCCUUUUGAAUGACCUUCACAGCGGACAUUGCAGUUCUUACAGUUCCUACAGUGGACCUACAGGACGCCGUUAUAAUGGAGGAAUCACAUUUCCCAUUAGGAGCACGCAGUAAAUUACCUUUUUAAAUGUCUUUUUAUCAUGAGAAUUGAGUUGGAUUUCACACAAUAAAAUACGUUUUUCAGCUGCUAACUAAUGAAACUUAUUACAGAGUUAUGCCCCAACUAAAAAUACUAUAUUUAUUGGACUAUAUGCCGCUACUUUUUUCCUACGGUUUGAACCCUGCGGUUAAUUUAUGGAUUUUUUUUCCAUAAGGUUUUGUACAAGCAGAUAGUUUUUAAUUUUCACUGAAAAAGUGUGUUAUUGUUUGUGCUAUGGCGCCAACUUUUGGACGAAAAGUUGCUCACUGCAGGUGCUGCGGGUUGAAAAUGUACUCCCUGUUUCGCUCCUUGAGUUGGAAGUAUAUCCCAUUUCGUCUAUUGCGUUUCUGUUUGAAAGUAUUUUUCAUUCAUUCAUAGACGUCCAUUGCACCGGUCGCCCAGGGGCAGGGCCCCACAUCUGCGGUCCCUUCCAAAGUUUCUCAUUGUAAUCCCAAGGGGUUGAGUUUUUCCUUGCCCUGAUUAUGGAUCUGAGUCGCGGAUGUCGUUGUGACUUGUGCAGCCCUUUGAGACACUCAUGAUUUAGGUCUUAAUAAUCUUUGAUUGAUUGAUUGAUUGAUUCAUUCAUUCAUUCAUUCAUUGCUCUAAGCAACAGUUUUAAGCUUUACAAUAUAUCCAAAACAAUUCAUACUUACUAAACCGUCCCGUGUCUGAUGUCUGUGUUUCAUGCAUAUUUGUACGAGCUAUCCUAACGUCAUCAAGCUAGCGUCGUUAGCAUUAGCAUAUAAGUGAACUCAAUUACAAGUGUCUGUUUAUUAACUUACUGUGGAAUUCUUUUUGUAUUGUUUCAGUUUCGUAGAUUCACCGAAACGUCACCGUGGACUUAUUGAGUCUGUUUAGCUCAUUGUAGAGUCAGCUUCCGCAGUUCAAGGGUCCAUGACGAUGACUUCUGUUUUGUUUGAUCAGCUGUUUUACUGCCGUGUGACAAGCACCUUUUUGGAAACAAUUAGGGUAUGUACAUAAACAUGUAAAAAAUAUUUUUUUAUCCGUACGUAUUUGCGGUUUAUGGUCCAGUGCAGCUAAUACAUGUUAGAAAAUAUUUAUUUCUUCUAGAAUUUGGUGGUUGUGGCUUAAACAUAGGUGUAUUUGCUACAUGUUUUUUUUUUUUUUUUUACGAUCUUAUAGUAUUUUUCAACAAUAAGUCUCUGAGGUCCCACAAUAGCAUUUGAAAAUCUAGUCAUAGUGCAGUACUUUAAAUUGUUCAAAGGUAAUUUUAGUAAGCCCAAAUGAAAAAACUAAUUUUUUGUGUCUGAAGGUUUAAUGCUAAUGAGCGGUGUUUGUGCCACAUUAUCCAAUUUUUACAAACAUACUAAAUCUGCACAUGUCCAACAUAAAUAUUACAUACAGUACGGAAGAGAUUCACAUGGGCCCAUUCCUGGGUGGAUCUUGGAUAAGGAGAGUGGUGGGGAGUGGGGGCAACUGACACUGUGGUCAAAGUUGGCAUUGCCGCAAAACACAUUUUAGGAUUUCAACACUCUACUGCCAUCUGGCAGCUAAAGUAGAUAUUGCACGCCCCAAAUUUGUCACGGUUCAUGUGUCAGGUAAACCGCGACGAAGAGGGCCAUAUGAAUCCCCUAAGGAGUUGGGCAGCAAGGUAUCAGCAUUGGCAGCAUUAGCAUAGCUUUGUAAGCGACAGUGCCAACAUUACACUUAAAUAUUAAUAGCAAUGUCACGUUAGGUUAGCUUAUUCACAUAUUACAGCUCCCAUUUCUGCAGUUGACUGAUGUAUAGAUGGACGAACUCCAGGUUUACUUUUAGGAUGUUUUGCGAAGCCUGCUAUUGUAAAUAUGGGAAGUGGUGGUCAUGUAAACGAAACAGGCUCAUGUCGCUAGUCGGAGUGGUGUCAUAUUCAUGGUAAAGGGUGGUUUGACUUGUGACGUCAUGAAAAUCUCCAAUUUCAAAAGCGAGCAUUUGUCUCACGUUUCAAAAGUGAAGGACAUGAUUUCUCAUGUUUAGUGCUCAGAAACAGAUUUGCGAAGUGACACAUUUUACUGUUAAAACAUCAUUAAAAAGAUCUCUUUUGGACAACAUAUCCCCUUUAAGUUACUUAUGUAAGUAGGUAUGCAUGUAGAAUAGAAUAGAAAGUACUUUUAAUAUUUAAUAUAUAAUAUGUGAAUAAUAUAAAUAUAUUCUACAUAUAUUCUACAUUUAGGUGCAGUCAAGAAGAAAUAUAUGCAUUAUGUACUUUCUCUUUGUGACCAUGCUAAAAUGUUGCUGUAUGUACAGUAUUUCAAAUUAAACCAAGCAGCAAUUUGUCUAAGAAUAGUAAUGUGUUAAUCAAUAACUUCCGACACCAGGUCUUUAUUCUCUGAUACCGAUUCUCCAAUCAAAAUAUCGAUACUUUCGAUACAUUAGUUCAAGGGUGUCCAAUUUCUUUCCACGAGGGCCACAUACUGAAAAGUCAAAGCAUGUGGGGGCCAUAUUGAUCCGAUCCAUAUUGAUAUUUUUUCACUUAAAAAAUGCUAAAAGCAGUUAUUGUUUCAGCUAUGUAUUACGUGUCACUAAGUAUAUUAUUAUACAUUUUUUGUUAGAACAUUUUUACCUUUCUCUCAUAACAUACCGAUUUUUUUGCUCUUUUUGUCUUACAUUUUUCCUUUUUUUUUUUCUUUUUUGCUAUGUAAUAAUUGAAUAAAACUAAUAACAAUCGAUCUGUUUGACUGCAAAACCUAGUGUUUCAGAAAUUCUGCCUGUACGAAAAUAUGAAUGUUCAGUUGCACAUAAAACAGUGUUUAUUAUUUUAGUAAUUUUUAGAAAAUGUAUCCAUAAGUUAACUAUUUUAUUUUAAGUAUAGAGAGAAAGAGCGCCGCAUGCUGAAAAGUCAAGCAUGGGGUGCCAAAUAAAAAAAGCAAAAUAUAUUGUUAUAAUUUAGCUUUUUCUCAUUACACUCCGGUUUUUCUUUUUUUCUCACAUAUUUACUGUUGUUUUUUUAGAUAAAUAUGUAAUUAUUUGAAAAUACACAACUUUUAACAUUUUAGCAGACACGUUGGGCACAUUUGCUUAAAGUAUUGUUAUCAAAUCGGUAUGGCCGAUACCAGCCUCCAUUUUACUUGGUAUCGGAUCGUAAAUAAUAUCAGUGGUAUUGCACCUCACUACCCAAUAAGACAAUAAAGAUGUUUUUUUUAAUGGUGCAGAAAUUAAACAAUAAUUCCUAUUAAUUUUUCAAACUCUGCCCUCUGGUGGAGUCUAGCUGACUGCCUAUUACUAUAAAAAAAACCUUAGAAGAGCAACAUUUAUAUUGUUACCAUCAUUAAAAAAAUGUAAUGUAUAAAAGACAAAUACAUUAAUAUUUGUUCAUUGAAUAGUUAUACAUGUAUCUUCUGUAUGCUUUCAAACGUUUUUAACAAUUUGUUGACUACACCUUGGAUGAGGCUGUGCAAGCUAAGCCCUCUGAAUCCCUUCAUAAACUGUGUUGUCUGUUUGUCCGCAUGCCAAUAUAAUGUUUGCAGAACCAUUUAUUAAACGCCAUGCCUUUC